AAAAAUAUAACGCUUUGUCUUGUCAUUAUAAUUAAGGUUUAACACGUGGAAGGAUCUACUUAGCUAAAGGAAAGAUUGGAGAUUAGUAGGCAAGCAAAAUUGGUUGCCUCAAUAUUUAUCUCUUCCUGGUUGAUCUACUUCUUGGUCGGCCCAUGAGAGAUGUGAUGCCAAUGAGCAAGAAACUUAGUUAUAUUUUUCAUAAAAUUUUGGAAUAUUUAUUCAAUUAAAUAUUUUAAUAUAUUUACUUGUCAUUCUUUAACACAAAUAUAGUCAUGUAUAUUCUUGUCAUUAGUAAAAAUAAAUGUAACACUUUUGAGAAUAACAUCUCAUGCAAAAACACACACAAAUAUAUUAUAGAAUUUUAUCAUGGGACAAAACUAUUGUACUUAGAAUAUGAAUGAUUUUUUUUUUUAACAUAGAAUAUGAAUGAUCGUAUAUAAUAAAUUUCAUAACUCCCAAACUAUUAUCUGUUUUCUUAAUAUUUAGUAUGGACAAAAGUCACAUUUUGUUAAAUUUAAUGUGACUACUACCUGCCCCCAAAUCUUGUUGCAUGUGGAAGGAAUUGUCAACCGUUAUGGUAAAGUUUUGUCAAUUAGAGAGUACAAUUUUACCAACUAAUCAGCCUCUGAAUUAAUUUGGUAGUGACAGGUAAAAAACUAUCUGUGUGAUUGAAUAUUUUGUUCAUUCAUAUCUGAAAAUAUAAAUAUUUUAUCUCGCAUAGUUUGGAUUUGUCUAAAUAAACUUUACCGAUUAUAUUUUAUUUACCAUUAGAGCAUGGCUCAUUGCAUUUGCGCUAUGAACUUGGCUGACCAAACUUCAAAGUCAUACAUAACAGUCAACUAACGGAAGGAUACUCAACGCCGUCAACGGACGGUUCUCACUUCUCAGGGAGGGAAGACAAAGUACGAUUCCGAUCGUUGAACUCCCAAAGCUCGUCACGAGCUUCAAAGUCCAAGAUUAACUGCGUCACGCGUGACGUCAUCAGCCCCAGUGCUUAUAUAACAGCACUGGUCCAUCAACUCAGAUCGCUAGCUCGUAUCAAUGGCGAACCGAUCAGAGGAAACAGAGCACGACGCCGUUUCGAGGCGAAGUCACCAAGGAGGAAUGAUCUUAGAUCUAAUGUUGAAAAGACCUAUACGGUGGCUAAGAAUGCUCGUCGAAGAGCUUCACUGGAGCUUCUUCUUCGGCGUGAUCGUCGUCUACGGCGUAAGCCAAGGGCUCGGCAAAGGUCUCAGCAAAGUCAGCACGCAGUACUACUUCAAAGACGAGCAGAUGAUACAGCCUUCCGAAGCUCAGGUUUACGUUGGUUUGAUUCAGGUUCCUUGGAUCAUUAAACCGGUUUGGGGUCUGUUGACAGAUGUUGUACCGGUUCUUGGUUACAGGAGGCGACCUUAUUUCAUAUUCGCUGGUGUUCUUAGUAUGGUGUCUAUGAUGGUGUUAUCGCUACAUAAGAAUCUGCAGCUUGGACUAGCGUUGUCUUGUCUUGUGGCGGGAAGUGCUGGAGUUGCUAUAGCUGAUGUGACUAUUGAUGCUUGUGUAACGCAGCUUAGCAUAAGCCAUCCUACGCUUGCUGCAGAUAUGCAGAGUCUGUGUGGUAUGAGUUCUUCUAUUGGAUCCUUGGUUGGUUUCUCCCUUAGCGGCGUUUUGGUUCACUUGUUUGGGUCCAAGGGUGUGUACGGUUUACUUGGUAUGACAGCAGGAUUGAUUGUUGUGGUUGGGUUGAUUUUGAAAGAAUCUCCUUCACGUAGUCCAGGUGGCAAGCAUGUGAAUGAGAAGUUUAUAGAUGCCGGAAGUGCAAUAUGGAAAACUUUUCAAUAUGGUGAGGUGUGGCGCCCAUGCUUGUUCAUGUUGUUGUCAGCUGCAGUGAGCUUGCACAUUCAUGAAGGCAUGUUCUAUUGGUACACAGAUUCAAAGGAUGGGCCUUCCUUCUCAAAGGAAGCAGUUGGAUCCAUUAUGUCUUUUGGUGCAAUUGGCUCUCUCGUGGGCAUACUGCUUUAUCAGAACUUUCUGAAGAACUUCCCUUUUCGGAAUGUAGUCUUCUGGGCACUUUCCCUAUCUGUCCUCUCAGGAUUUCUCGACUUGAUCCUGGUGCUGCGGAUAAAUCUGAAGCUCGGUGUUCCUGAUUACUUCUUCAUUGUGGUAGAUGAGUUUGUUUCACACAUGAUCAGUAGAAUCAAGUGGCUACCCUUACUUGUCCUUAGCUCCAAGCUCUGCCCUGCUGGUAUGGAAGGCACAUUCUUUGCUCUGCUCAUGUCUAUUGAACAUGUAGGACACCUGUUGUCUUCAUGGGGCGGAGGAGUAUUGCUACACGCCUUGAAAGUUACACGUACUCAGUUUGAUAAUCUCUGGUUGGUUAUUGUGAUCAGGAGUUUAUUGAGGGUAGUUCCAAUUGGUUUGGUCUUUUUGAUACCAAACGUUGAUCCCAGCUCAACUAUUCUUCCGGCUGAUAUGUUAAUGAACAGAAGAAGUGAAGAUGUGGUAGAAACUGACAAGAUAGAGAUGACUGCUCUGUUAAGUAAUGAAGCUUGAUCCAGAUUCUUAGACAAACCUACCAAGUGGAUUCCCUUAGAUGUAUUUGUUUGUUCAUUGUAUGCUCAUCUGUUUUAGAUAAUUUUUCUUAUAAGAGCAUUGUUUCUUACAGUUGCUAUACCGAUACAGACACAUAUAUAUGACUGACUUGUUGAAGAAUUCAAAUUGGCUUUGCCAAAAGAGAUGAUUGGCUUUCAUGAUA